UAGCCUUAAACCCUUAGGGUUUUCGUCUUCCCAAGUACUACUACUGACUGACACCAAGAGAGAGAGAGAGAUCAGAAUCAAUGGCGGCUAAGGGUCCGUUGAAGCUAAAAUUCAAAGCAAAAACAAAAGGAUCAAAGGGGGCAUCAUCUUCUUCCUCCUCUUCCUCCUCCUCCUCUGUGUCUUCCAAGUUCGAGGUCUUCAAGGAUUGGACCAACUGGUCAUUGAAGAAAGCCAAAGUCGCCACUCACUAUGGUCUCAUCCCUCUGAUCAUCAUCAUCGGCAUGAAUUCAGAUCCUAAACCUGAUCUCUUUCACCUUAUCAGUCCCUUUUAAUCCUCCGAUUCAAUCUUUUAGUUACUACUUUCCCCAGAUUUGGUCUGUGUUUUUCUUUCGAUAUAUGAAAUGGAUUUGUAAUUUGUUUCUGAAUUAAUUUAUAAUUCAAAGUUUCAUUCUUUUUU